CCCCCUCCACUCCCGUCCUAUCUUUCGUCCCUAUUCUCCUCCUCUCCUCUCCUCUCCUGUCUCCUCCCGGCGCUCUGAACUGCACUGAAGGCUUGGACUCGCACCCAGAGCCUCAACACUGGGACCCACUCCAUUGCCGGACGCUCCUCAAACCCCAACAUUCGGACUCCCCCCAACAUUCGGACUCCCCCCAACAUUCGGACUCACGUCUUUCGGAACCCCUGAACUCUGGGAGCCGGUCCCUGAACCCCUGAACUCUGGGACCAACCUCAGUGUGACCUGUAUGUGACCCCCGCGCAGCGUGAGCGAGCCGCCAUGUUGAUCAAGGAGUACCGCAUCCCCAUGCCCCUCAGCGUGGACGAGUACCGCAUCGCACAGCUCUACAUGAUACAGAAGAAGAGUCGAGAGGAGAGCUGUGGAGAGGGCAGCGGGGUGGAGAUCUUGGAGAACAAGCCCUACACAGACGGGCCGGGGGGCGCCGGACAGUACACACACAAGGUGUACCACAUUGGUCAGCACAUCCCCAGCUGGUUCCGCUCCAUCCUGCCCAAGGCUGCCCUGCGCGUGGAGGAGGAAUCCUGGAACGCCUACCCUUACACACGCACGCGGUACACAUGUCCCUUUGUGGAGAAGUUCUCCAUAGACAUAGAGACCUUCUACAAGUCGGACACGGGAACGCAGGCGGAUGUCUUCAACCUCUCGCCCGCAGAGAGACGACAGAGGACCCUUGACCCCAUCGACAUUGUGAAGGACCCCAUCGCAUCGCACGAGUACAAGCUGGAGGAGGACCCGCGCAUCUACUGCUCAGCCAAGACCAAGCGCGGGCCCCUGACGGACGACUGGAUCGAGGACAUCAUCUACGACCCCAGCAAGGGGCCCGUCAUGUGUGCCUACAAGCUCUGCAAGGUCGAGUUCAGAUACUGGGGCAUGCAGUCCAAAAUCGAGAGGUUCAUCCACGAUGUUGGUCUGCGUAAGGUGAUGGUGCGUGCCCACCGGCAGGCCUGGUGCUGGCAGGACGAGUGGUGGGGUUUGACCAUGGAGGACAUCCGGGAGCUGGAGCGCCAGACGCAGCUGGCCCUGGCCCGCCGCAUGGCCCAGUACUCCAACGAGGGCGGAGGAGGAGAGGGCGAGGAGGAGGAGGAGGAGGAGGAGGAGGAGGAGGAGCGGGAGGAGCAGGAGAGCCUGGACAAGUGCCAGGAGGCCCAGGAGCUCGAGCAUGACAACCAGAGCCAGCACCUCCUUCAGACCCCCAGCCCCAACAAUAACGCCCAGCAGACGCCGUCCGGCGCCCCCGACUCACUGAGGGCCUCGCGGGGACACCUCACCAAGCAGUGGUCCACCUCCUCCAGGUCCUCCCGCUCAUCCAAGAGAGGAGUGAGCCCGUCACGUCACAGCCUCUCAGAGUGGAGGAUGCAGAGCAUCGCUCGGGACUCAGACGACAGCUCCGACAACGAUGAGUUCUUUGACGCGUACGAGGACUUCUCUGACAAUGAAGAGAUCUUCCCCAAGGAGAUCACCAAGUGGAACUCUAAUGAGCUCAUGGACAAGAUUGAAGCGGCCGAUUCAGAAGAAGUUGCUGGUGAGCUGAGUCGAGACUACACGAGGGCAGCGAGCGAGGAGAGGCUGGAGGAAGAUGGUUCCCAGGCUCCACUGCGGGUGUGCAGUACCAACGUGUUGAUCCUGGUGCUUCACGGGGGCAACAUCCUGGACUCUGGCGGCGGCGAGGCCAGCUCCAAGCAGGCCGACGUCAACACGCUCACCUCCGCCUUCGACGCGGUGAUGCGCGUCCACUACCCGGCCGCGCUGGGCCACAUCGCCAUACGCCUGGUGCCCUGCCCCCCCAUCUGCGCCGAGGCCUUCUCCCUCGUUUCAAAUCUGAGCCCAUACAGCUAUGACGAGGGCUGCUUGAGCAGCAGUCAGGACCACAUCCCGCUGGCCGCACUCCCCCUGCUGGCCACUUCCUGUCCGCAGUACCAGGAUGCCGUCGCCGCCGUCAUCGUGCGGGCCAACCAGGCCUACGCAGACUUCCUCAAGUCCCUCGACGGGGCCGCCUUCUCAGGACAAGUGUGUUUAAUAGGAGACUGCGUGGGGGGCAUCCUGGGGUUCGAUGCCCUGUGUAGCAGCUCCCAAACGGUCCUCUGUGAGAGCCAGAACAGCAGCCGACGAGGAAGCCUAGUCAGCGUACAGGACCCUGAGCUGUUGUCCCCAGGCAUCGUGAUCAACUGCGGGCCCCCGUCCCCCACUCUCUCCCUAGAGGGCAGCCGGCAACUCAGCCGCAGCAACAUCGACAUCCCACAGGCAGGGGGCAGUGAAGAGCCAGGCCGGCAGGGUCUCCGCAAGAGGAGCGACUCCUCCACGUACGAAAUAGACACCAUCAAAUACCAACAAGACUUCCUGACAAGUCUGCACAGCACGGUGCUGCGUGCGGAGAGUGCGUCUCGCAGGUCGAGUAACAGCACGAUGCUUGAGGGCGGGGCUCUGGGCCGCUUCGACUUCGACGUGGCCGACUUCUUCCUGUUCGGCUCGCCUCUGGGUCUGGUGCUCGCUCUACGCAAGACUGUUAUACCCUCACUAGAGGUGUCCCUGCUGCGUCCUGCGUGUCAGCAGGUGUAUAACCUGUUCCACCCGGCCGACCCCUCUGCCUCCCGCCUGGAGCCCCUCCUGGAGAAGAAGUUCCACCUGCUGCCCCCCUUCAGCGUCCCCCGCUACCAGCGCUUCCCCCUGGGGGACGGAAACUCCGCCCUACUAGCUGACGUUGUUCAGUCUCAUGGCGGUGUCUUCGUGGAAAGCUCGUCGCCGUCGUCCCCUCACCCCGUGCCCCUCUGUCGGGCACACCGGAGGUCCAGUGAAGUCAGCAUUGCCAGCCAGGUAUCAGGGAUGGCAGAUAGCUACAAUGCCACCAACAUUGCUAACACCGCAGCAGCAGCAAAAUGCGACGUUGUGAAGCCGUCGAAAAGGAGCGGGCUGCUGGCCCAGCUGGCUUUGUCCUCUCAGGCCUCCGUUCGCUUCUUUCUACGGAGCCCGCCAGCGUCUCGAAAAAAGGGCACGGCCGCGGGCACAAGCUGGCCCUCAGGAGAGCCCGCCGUGGCGGCCGCAGCUGCUACUGCUACCGCUACUGCUACUACCGCUGACCCACCUUCACCCCUCCUACUUCCUGUGACCGAGCCGGGUCCUCAUAGGAUGGAGACGAAUAUGGGCGGCAGCAACAACAACAAGCAGUCCUUUGAGAUGGACCUCACUCCCGACGAAGACUUGUCACCAACGAUGGGUUUCAAUCGAUCGACCUCGGCUGCUCUUGACUUUGCCAUUUGCGAUCUGCUGUCUCUGGAUUCCAUCCCCGAUAUUGACCAAGUCGCUGCUCGCUGGUGGGGCAGCAAGAGGCUUGACUUCGCGCUGUACUGUCCGGACGCCUUGACGGCCUUCCCCACCGUGGCCCUGCCACACCUCUUCCACGCCUCCUACUGGGAGUCCACCGACGUGGUUUCCUUCCUGCUCAGACAGGUGAUGCGUCAUGAGCACUCCAGUAUCUUGGAGCUGGACGGCAGGGAGGUGUCUGAGUUUACGCCCUCCAAACCCCGGGAGAAGUGGCAACGCAAGCGGACCCAAGUCAAGAUCCGGAACGUGACGGCGAACCAUCGUGUGCAUGACGCUGUGUUUGCGGAGGACGGCCAGCAGGUGGUGACAGGCCGCUUCAUGUACGGCCCCCUCGACAUGGUCACCCUCGCUGGGGAGAAGGUGGACAUCCACAUCAUGACGCAGCCCCCGGCGGGUGAGUGGGAGUGCUUUGGCUCGGAGGUGACCAGCAGCGGUGGCCGCGUCAACUUCUCCAUCCCUGAGGAACGCAGGCUGCGCGUCGGCGUCUACCCCGUCAAAAUGGUCGUCAGGGGAGACCACACGUUUGCGGAUAGCUACCUGACGGUGCUGCCCCAGGGGACGGAGUUUGUGGUGUUCAGCAUCGACGGAUCCUUCGCCGCCAGCGUCUCCAUCAUGGGCAGCGACCCCAAAGUCAGAGCAGGAGCAGUGGACGUGGUCAGGUACUGGCAGGACCUGGGUUACCUCAUCAUCUACGUGACGGGCCGUCCGGACAUGCAGAAGCAGCGCGUGGUGGCCUGGCUCUCGCAGCACAACUUCCCCCACGGCAUCGUCUCCUUCUGCGACGGCCUCGUGCACGACCCGCUACGACACAAGGCCAACUUCCUCAAGUCCCUCAUCAGCGAGACCCACAUGAAGAUCUGUGCUGGCUACGGCUCCACUAAAGACAUCUCGGUGUACAACGCCAUCGGUCUCACUCCCUCCCAGAUCUACAUCGUAGGCCGGCCCACCAAGAAGAUGCAACACCAGUGCCAGUUCAUCUCGGACGGCUAUGCAGCUCACCUGUCCCAUCUGGAGAGCUCCCACCGCGCGCGUCCGGCCACCAAGUCUGGCAGCUCCCGCAUGGUGCUGCGUAAGCCCAGCUUUGGCCUGGGCACCAGUGGAGAGUUCCUCAGGAAGAGUAACCACCUGCUGCGCACCAUCUCCAACCAGCCUGGAGCCACACCGGGACCCACAGCACAGGGACAGGGGGCGCCAGCACUGCACAGCUCCCAGGGCCAGGGACACCGUCCUGAGCGGACCAAGAGCCAGUCCGACGGGCACCACGACCGCGCUGAGCGGGCGGAGCGGGCACAGGCCCAGCGCAGCAUGAGCCUGGCAGCUGGGUGCUGGGGACGCAGCAGUGCCAGUGGCAGUGCCAGUGGUGGCACUGGCGGCAGCAGCAGGCAUGACAAGCUGGACCCCACCGCCUUUCACCCGAAAAACUGAGGAGGACAGCCCCCACACCACCCACCACUAACUAGAGGAUGAGAGGAUCAUGAAAGGAUGAGAUUUGGAUGGCGGAAGGAGGAGAGAAAGAGAGAAAAGCUAGACUGUCACUUUCCACCCCCAAAAAACUGAGCACAAUAACUACCACCAGAACAGGAUGAGAGAGAAAGAGAAAGAGAGUGAAUUGCACUGACAAAAGCCUAAGAGAAAUUGAAAGAGAUUGAAAAACAAAAUGUGACAAGAAGUUGAGGGAGACAAGAAUGUGACAGGAAGUUCAAGUCAUGUCAUGUAUUCCUUCUGCUGUUGUCCCACACACAGAUGACCUGUCUAGCUAGCUCAUCGUCUUCUGUACCUGGCUAGCGUUGUUUUGUGGUAGUUAGAGUCAGCCGGUCCAGCCAGUUGGCUGAAACAAACAAGUAUGUGGCAAGAAGACUUUUAGUUUCUGAAGCUGAGGACGUUCACCUCUCAGUGGAGCACAGCGUGUAAAAAGUGCUGCUAUGAACCAACUUCUGAGAGAUUUAAGCAAGUGGUUGCCCUGAUGUUGAUCUUUUUUUUCUUUUACAGUGGUUUAUCUGACCAAUACCAUGCGGGUUAACAACAUGAGGUACAUGGCAUUGUCCAGUUAAACCAGUGUUAUCAUUUUUUUUAGUUGGUUCUGUGCUUCACUAUUUACAUGAUAAUACACGAGGAGAUUUGAGUGCAUAUGAGGUUCAUUGCCAAAACAAGAGUACAACAGGAGCAACUUGUCCUUGUUAUUUUGUUCUAUGGUCAGAACGGCCCUUCUAUCUACCCAUCCUCACCUCUGCAGAGACUGAAAAACUUCUCACGCGACGUCCCAAGAAACGUGAAAGAGUCUCUGUGCAGCAAUGCGCUCACGGGACACGAGAGUGCAGGCAGCCAAGUCAUGGGAUGGGACUCGAGAGAGACACUACGCCACAGCUCACAACUGUCUCUCGUUAAGUCGCAUUUAAGUCGGUCGCAAUGAGAUAUGCGUGACACGAGGCUCCACCACUCGUGGAGGGGAAAUUUGCUUAAUGAAUGCCCUGCACGCAUUUCUUUUUUUGUGAAGGUCGGGCUCAAAGUCAAAUGGAAUCACGUUCUCCUAGGUCCUACAAUGUUCUGUUGUGAAGGUUGAGGUCAUGGUUAAAUUCGAUCACGUUUCUCUCAAAAUGACGGUCAGCCAGUGCUCCUAGAGAUGACAGAUUGUGGCUUUGAUCUACCACCCAACAAAUUGGUGAACGUCUCGUGUGUGCGGGAGAGAAAGAGGAUGAGGGGUUAGGAAGGAAGAGACAAAGGGACCUUUCAGGACAUAAACCAAUUCACAAGUACAGACUUUUAAAAAUGUUUAUACAUGACUUCACAGCCUCUCCACAUCUGUUGCACAAGUUUGCGGGACAGCAUUUUAAUCACCAGUGUCUAUACCGUUUGUGCUAAAUGUACUGUCCACUGACCUUUAAAAAUGAUUAUUAUUUUAACGUGAAGUGUGCAAGACACACAGGGCUGUGGAAAAUGAGUGUGUGUUCUUUGUACAACUGGUUCGACUUGCUAUGAGAGAGUGUGUAUUUUUUGUCAAAGUGCAAAGAUGUUAUCUGGCAGGAAUGUCAUCUUCUAGGUUAUUCAUCAAUAGACUUGAACGGUUUUCAGUUUCACCAUGUUCACCCUGCUCAGUUAAUAUUUAGUUCUUACAUUUUGUGGCCGGCGGUCGUUGGUCACUCUCUGGGGAGCUUACCUAUAUUCUCCAAGUUGCUGCAUCAGGGAACCAACCUAACCCAAACCCUAGAGUUUCAAAAAUGACUAGGGACAUGUCUGGUGUCAGAAAGAAUCUACAAUGCGGUUACCACAUAUUUGGUUGACCUAGUCACAUUAGAUUUCUGACAGCACAACCCUUCGGUGUGGUAGACGGGCAUUACCUGGCUGAGCUGCACAGGUACAGUAGAACCAGAUGUGUCCAGGUGUAACCUAUGGUGUUGUAUUGUUCCUCCUGAAGCCUGCCCAUCACCAGUGGUGUAGUCUACGUUGAACGCGGGUAUACAGAGUAUGCCCACUUCUAAAUUUCAGGGAUUUCAGUAUACCCACUUAAAAUUGAUUGAUCCAUUGUUUUGAAUAGCACAAAUAUAUACAGUAUACCCACUUCAAAAAAUGCUCAAAUAUACAGUAUACCCACCACAAAAAAAGUAGACUACACCACUGCCCAUCACUGCUUUAAACAGUCUUUAUAAUGUCAGACAGGUCUGUGUGUUUGUACAUACUACCGUAGUAUAGAUGUUAAGGUGUCGGCUGAGAGACACAGGAGGCCAGAACUUGACGUUUUGGGGCCGGGUUGCCAAUAAUCGCCAGUGCUGGGCAACCUGCAUUCACAAGCUGCAAGGCAGAGUGCCACAUAUUCCUGGUUGUACUUGUCCAAGUGGGGAAAUAAAAUAUAUAAAACCAGAUCUUCUGGAAUAUGUGGCUUGUAGCAUCUGAACCCAGGUUGCCCAUCACUGCCAAUUGCAUAUUGCAUAUCACACCCGAUCUUUGACUUAUUACUUGAACUUGGUAGAGUUUUGCUUUUCCUCCCUUUUCUCACGUGGUGGGUGGGUAUGCAUAUUCUUACGCUGUCGAUUGUGACACACUUGCACACGUUUUGGGUCCCAACUUGCCAAAGCUGUUAUUGAACACACAGGAGGUGGACAUAUCGGCUUAACUCGGCGGGAAAGUCCAAAAUGUCUUGCCAGGAAUUUUCAUCCACCUGUACUCUCCACACUGGUAAUUCAAGGAAAUGGCUAAUUUGUGCCUAGCUGAGGAGUUAUGCUAUUCUGGGGUCCGUUUCUCGAUUCUUGUCGUUGCUAACCGUCUUAAGUCGGUCUUGAGUUGGUCGUAAGUUGCUCUUGAGUUGGUCUUAAGUUGGUCUUAAGUUGGU